GCGGCGCGGAGCCAGCGCGGCGGCGGCAGAUCAAAGUAUUUUAGAACAUGUUCAACUGGAGAACAUUUCACUAUAGAGUUUGAAAAUCUAGUGGAAAGUGAUGAGGGGGAGAGCCCAGGAAGCAGUCAGAGACCUCUGACUGAGGAAGAAAUUGCUGAUCUGAGAGAGAGGCAUUAUGAUUCCAUUGCUGAAAAACAAAGAGCAGUUGAUGUGAAACUUCAGUCCGAGUUAGCCUUACAAGAGGAGAAGUUAAGAAUAGAAGAAGAGGCUUUAUAUGCUGCACAGCGUGAAGCAGCCAGGGCAGCAAAGCAGAAAAAGCUUUUGGAGCAUCAUAGACUACAAAGGAUAAUGCAGAGAAGCCAAGUGGGUAAUAAUGGAGAAUAUCAAAGCACAGUGGCAGAGGAGGAUUUUGAUUCUUAUUUAAGAAAUACAAAAUUCCAAUAUGAAGCAUUUCGGAGUAGUAGACUUUCAUCUGAUGCUACUGUUCUGACCCCAAACACGGAGAGCAGCUGUGAUUUAAUGACCAAAACAAAAUCAACAAGUGGAAAUGAUGACAGCACUUCAUUAGACCUAGAAUGGGAAGAUGAAGAAGGCAUGAACAGAAUGAUCCCAUUGAGAGAGCGCUCUAAGACAGAAGAAGAUAUACUCCGAGCAGCAUUAAAAUUUGGCAGCAAAAAGACUGGAAGUAAUCCAACGUCGGCUUCUGAUGAAUCAAAUGGGUUGGAAUGGGAGAAUGAUUUUGUUAGUGCCGAGAUGGAUGAUAAUGGCAAUUCAGAGUAUUCUGGAUUUGUGAAUCCUGUACUAGAACUUUCUGUGUCAGAUGUCAAGAAAUCUGAUACUAAUCAAGACAGAUAGUAAAAUUACAUUGCCCUUAUUCAUGACCAAAUGUUUAAAAUUAAAUGGAAAGGAUAGAAAUGCAUUGAGUUAUUCUGUAAGAAAAAGGAGGAAAUCAUGUGAUAAAGGUCACUUGCAAGGAACAGAAAUGACUUGCAAUCUGAAUGAUUUCAGAAUUAAGUGCAAUUUUAUCAUCUACCUGCUAAAUUUUUAUGAAAAUUGAGGUGAUUCUAUUGUGUAUAUUUCUGGAUAUCUGGGUUUACUAUAAAUUAUCUGCACUAAUUUAAGCUUCAUAGCUUGACAUGCCUAUAUUUUAACUAGCUAUUUUGUCUUGAUAAUAUUUCUACUGAUUUGUUUUUAGAAGUUGUCUUUAGCCUAAUAUUUAUCUCAGAAAUAAAUAGUCUGCAUAAGUUCUCUAAUACUUGAAUGUGGAAACCGAACAUUUUAUAGAUUGUAUUUAUUUCCAUUAUGUGGUGGUUGAUUUGCUUUUCGACGUUUUGGAAGUAGUAGUCAGCAAUUUAUCACGUGAAAUUGACUGUUUACAACAUUUUUUUUUAAUCCCUGUUUAGUGCAUUUUUCUUGCCUCUUUCAUUUUAAUUAUUUCCUUACUUAAAGCACAACACAUCUGGAUAAUGUAUUAAAGCAUCAGUUUAGACUAGAGCCUAUCUUGUAUAAUAAGGUCUUGUGCAUACUUGGGAGUAGGCUACAAAAAUAAUUUUUUUUAGCUGGUUCUGUGUGUGCAGUGCAGCUAUUGACACUGGAAAUUAUCUACAAGACAACUUGGAGGACCAGAGGUUCCAUUUUUUCCCCUUAAAACACACCAAAUGCUGCUAAUAUAAGGAUACUUAAUUGAACAUUUUCUCACCUUGUGCAGCACAAUUUCUUCAGCUCCACAUCAGUUUAGGCAGCAUUACACAAACAGACUGGGAGUACAAUAGAAAAUUGCUCUUCUGCUAGGUUUGGAAGAAAGAAGCUCAAUUGGAGUUCUGGUAGCUGUGCAAACACAAGGAGAAAGACCGAUCCUUUCCAAUUACGCAGCAGUGCAUUCAAGCUUUUUAGCUUUCCUAUGCCUUGUAACUGAACAGUUACCAUGUAACAUCAGCAGAUACAGGUCUAAACUGUGCAGUCUGCCACAUAGUCUCCCAUUACAUUUGAUAUACUUUAUAGAAAAUAAAAGCUAACUGAGAACACGUACAAAACUAUAGUUCUUUUUUUUCCCCCCUGUGAUUGCAGUAAAGCCUUACUAUGUGU